UCGGAAUGCGGAUGGGGAAAACAUACUGUUGGGCGGAGGCUAAAAUAACACGCUCUCCGAAGUGACGUUUUUCCUCCAUGAUCCGACAGUUUGUGUUUUUGUUUGUUUGUUUGUUUGAGUGAUCCAUAAAGGAGAUGUUUGGCUACAUUUAGAAGUUAAUCAGCAAGUGACUUUUAGCAGGAUUUCACCGAGUGAACAUGGAGUUGCUCGGUGUGUUGCGUGUUUCUGUUGUGGUGUUGUUGAGCUGCAUGUCAGUCGUGUGUGCUGUAUUACCUGCCCCGAAGAAUAUCGUCAUUCAGACGCUCAACAUGAAUUAUGUGCUGAAAUGGGAUUGGGAUCCGGAUCAGGUGGCAGACAGCUCACACAACGUUACGUUCACUGCACAGUAUCUGGCGCUGUUCAAGCUGAGAAAACCCAAGAACAAGCAGGACUGGAAGUCGGUGUGCAAGUCAACGCCUGAACACUUCUGCGACUUCUCCUCAGCACAGCUGCAUUAUCUGGGUAUGUGGAUGCUGCGUCUGAGGGCUCAGAGUGGCCGGAACGUUUCAUCCUGGGUCAAGGUGGAGUUCUGUCCUGACAAAGAUGCUAUCCUCGGGCCCCCUUCUGCCGUGAACAUCACCCCUAUUAACAGCUUCCUGCAGGUCGCGAUCUCUGACCCUCUGUCCAUCACCAACGGCUCCAUGAAGGAGUGGCUUCCCAACAUGUACUACUUUAUACAGUACUGGGAGAAGAGCUCUUCAACACAGAAGGUUAAUCUAACAAGUGCCAAUAAUCUGGUGAUUCUGCCUAAGCUGGAGAGCUGGACAUGGUACUGUGUGAGAGUGAAGUCUGUCGAUGACUAUUACAAGAAGACCAGUGUUUUCAGUCCCGUUUACUGCGUACGGACAGACGGUCUGACCCCAUACUGGCAGAUUGUUCUGUACUUCCUGGUGUCACUGAUGCUGUGUUUCCUGGUGCUCCUGGGGGUUUUCACAUGCAGCUUCAGAGGAGUGAAGUUCAUCAAGAACACCUUCUUCCCCUCUGUACCACUGCCUGCACCCAUCCAAGAGUACUUGUGUGACUCGGGCAGCUCAGACGUGCCAUUCUUGUUGAGGACUGAUCCGGAGCUGGAGAUCUGCUCUGACAAGCUGGAUCUUCUUCCCCCGGUCACUGAAGUAAUUUUGGAAGUUCACCUGCCACCUGAGACCUGGGAGCAAAAGGGCAGAACACAUAGCCGUCAGAGCAGCUGUGAUUCCGGUGUUUAUUCCACAGAGGGAUCGGGUACGAUGCAGAACUAGCUCGGAGAAGUGACGGUGGAAAAACUGGGAAGGAAGAUCCAAAUUGAGGAGCUAGACGAAGGCGUGCAGGACGUGAGCGUCUAGCCUGGCUGAAGUUUGAACGGCCUCGAACUGGUUUGCACUGCAAUCUCUUCCCCACCUGCUUCCUACAGAGACAUAAAAAGACUCAAAGAAAUUCCUUGUUAGAAGGACGAGCUGAUCUCUGUACACUUCCUGUGGAUUAAGAGCAAUUACAUCAAACUCUUCCAUAUGAAGUUGGAAGAACAGGUACUUAUGCCACCCAUUCUGAAUUUCAUACCAGUUUAAAACAUUUUCUUCCAGCAGUUACUUGUAUUACUUUCCAAUACAUGGCUGAUGAAAUAGAUGGAACAUGUGGCAGAAAAAUGGCAUUAAAAUCCCAGAAGGGAAUGUGUAAUAUGAAGGACGGAACUGUUUGCUGCUUAUAAACUGUUAAAUCUGUUGGAGCCACGAUGUCAAACUGUAUGUUUCGAAACUGUUUAUAAACUAUAGGCUUUUAUAAAAAAUGUUCACUUUGAGAUGAACAUUGUCAAUAUUUCUCAGGUUUUUGUGUAUUCAUAGCUCGAUUUAAUCAUUGUGUUUCACAAUUGUUAAGUCUCAUUUUAAUAUGAUUCGUGUAGAAUCUGAUAUUAUUAGCAUCAUAGCUUACUUCAUUUACUUUCCUUUAAUCAUGUUUCAAAGGUGAUGUAAAAAUGGAGGACAACUUGUGUACAUACAUACAUACAUACAUACAUACAUACAUACAUACAAUUAAGACUUUUGAAAUUAUAUGGAACGAGAAAAGCACUCGGAGAGCACAGACCUCCACCAAGAAUCCUUUAAAAAAUUCCGGGAUCCAGAAGGUGAUCCGGAUCACCGCCAAAAUUUAAUGGAUUGUUACUUGUGCCCAGUCACACCUCCUGGAAAAAAUUUCAGAGCAAGCCGUUCAUUACUUUUUCUGUAAUGUUGCUAACAGACAAACAAACCAACGCUACCAAAAACAUAACCUCCUUGGCGGAGGUAAUAAUAACAGGUGAAAUGCCAAGACAGGCCAAAACUUUGAGUUGAGUUGUGAUAUUUAACAAUUACUCACCGAAGAUGAAGUGAAUAUCAGUGAAUAAUAAUCAAGAUGAAGUUGAGGUUAUUAUUCACUUAGCUUGAAGCAGAUAAUUGAUUUAGUAUAAAUACACAUAUAAAUAUAUUUUUUAAAAAUCAUUUCACACUUCAAAAGCAGCAUGCAAAUGUAAUAACGGUGCAGACUUGUCACUUAUCUAUGCCGACUCACAUAAAAUACUUUGGAAAUCGAUAAAAUAAGUCACAAUUCCACCUUACCUUUGAAUAGUUUUAGACCAAACUUCGUAGCAUCUUUAGUGCUUUUAGGAACAGCAUUUUCUUUCAUCAUUGUAAUUCUUCCUCACGGUGAGGAAGCGAUUGGCUGACUGCUGAGUCGCUUGAGGUGAUUAUUGAGAAAUGGUCCAAAUUUCUCAAUCCGCACACGCAAUUUCCUAUAAUCACCUGUGUAGCGCUUUUUUUUUUCUUUUUUUUUUUUAAUAUAAAAAAAAAAUCUUGUUUUAUUAUGUGUCUUGUUGAAAGCUGUUAGACUGACUGAUGUAAAGGUUCCAUUUUUUUUCUCUAACAUGCAAAAACAAUAUAAUCAAUAAAUACUUUUUUUCACUGUGCCAA